AUGAGCAGAGUGUGGAGAGCAUUGCUGAGGUUUUCCGAUGUUUCAUUUGUAUGGAGAAAUUGCGGGAUGCUCGACUGUGUCCUCAUUGCUCCAAGCUUUGUUGUUUCAGCUGUAUUAGGUGCUCCACUCCAGCUACGGGAACUGGUGAAUUGUCGUUGGGCGGAAGAAGUGACACAGCAGCUUGAUACUCUCCAGCUGUGUAGUCUCACCAAACAUGAAGAAAAUGAGAAAGACAAAUGUGAAAAUCACCAUGAAAAACUUAGUGUAUUUUGCUGGACUUGUAAGAAGUGUAUCUGCCAUCAGUGUGCACUUUGGGGAGGAAUGCAUGGUGGACACACGUUUAAACCUUUGGCAGAAAUUUAUGAACAGCACGUCACUAAAGUGAAUGAAGAGGUAGCCAAACUUCGUCGGCGUCUCAUGGAACUGAUCAGCUUAGUUCAAGAAGUGGAAAGAAAUGUAGAGGCUGUAAGAAAUGCAAAGGAUGAGCGUGUUCGGGAAAUUAGGAAUGCGGUGGAGAUGAUGAUUGCACGAUUAGAUACACAGCUGAAAAAUAAGCUUAUAACUCUCAUGGGUCAGAAGACAUCUCUUACUCAAGAAACAGAGCUGUUGGAAUCUUUACUUCAGGAGGUAGAACAUCAGUUGCGGUCUUGCAGUAAGAGUGAGCUGAUAUCCAAGAGCUCAGAGAUCCUAAUGAUGUUCCAGCAAGUUCACCGAAAGCCCAUGGCAUCCUUUGUCACCACACCUGUUCCACCAGACUUUACCAGUGAAUUGGUACCAUCUUAUGAUUCAGCUACUUUUGUUUUGGAGAACUUCAGUACUUUGCGGCAGAGAGCAGAUCCUGUUUACAGCCCGCCCCUCCAAGUUUCAGGACUUUGCUGGAGGUUAAAAGUUUACCCAGAUGGAAAUGGAGUUGUACGUGGCUAUUAUUUAUCUGUAUUUUUGGAAUUAUCGGCUGGCUUACCUGAAACUUCCAAGUAUGAGUAUCGCGUAGAAAUGGUUCAUCAGUCCUGCAACGAUCCUACCAAAAAUAUCAUUCGAGAAUUUGCAUCUGAUUUUGAAGUUGGAGAGUGCUGGGGCUACAAUAGAUUUUUCCGUUUGGAUUUACUUGCAAAUGAAGGAUACUUGAACCGACAAAAUGAUACAGUGAUUUUAAGGUUUCAGGUGCGCUCACCAACAUUUUUUCAAAAAUGCCGGGAUCAGCACUGGUACAUUACUCAGUUGGAAGCCGCACAGACUGGUUAUAUUCAACAAAUAAACAACCUUAAAGAGAGAUUGACUAUUGAGCUGUCCAGAACUCAGAAAUCCAGAGAUCUGUCACCACCAGCUAAUCAUCUUAGCCCCCAAAAUGAUGAUUCUCCUGAGACACGAACUAAGAAAGCUGGGUCAUGCUCUGACAUGCUUCUGGAAGGUGGUCCUACUUCAGUUUCUGUGAGAGAGACCAAAGAAGAUGAGGAUGAGGAGGAGAAGAUUCAGAGUGAAGACUACCAUCAUGAGCUCUCAGAUGGAGAUCUGGACCUGGAUCUUGUUGGUGAAGAUGAAGUGAAUCACCUUGACGGUAGCAGCUCUUCUGCUAGUUCCACAGCAACGAGCAACACAGAAGAAAACGAUAUUGACGAGGAGACCAUGUCUGGAGAAAAUGAUGUAGAAUAUAACAGUAUGGAGCUGGAAGAGGGAGAGCUCAUGGAAGAUGCAGCUGCUGCAGGUCCUCCAGGUAAUAGCCACAGCUAUGUGGGUGCCAGUAGCAGAAUGUCAAGAAGAGCACAUUUAUGUUCUGCAGCUACCAGUAGCUUACUAGACAUUGAUCCUUUAAUCUUAAUACAUUUAUUGGACCUUAAGGACCGGAGCAGUAUGGAAAACCUGUGGGGUUUACAGCCUCGCCCAUCUGCUUCACUGUUGCAGCCCACAGCAUCAUAUUCUCGAAAAGAUAAAGAUCAAAGGAAGCAGCAGGCGAUGUGGCGAGUGCCCUCUGACCUAAAGAUGCUGAAAAGGCUCAAAACACAAAUGGCUGAAGUCCGGUGUAUGAAGACUGAUGUGAAGACUACACUGUCAGAUAUAAAGGGCAGCAGUGUUGCUUCUGCAGACAUGCAGACAAAUCUUUUCUGUGCUGACCAGGCAGCUCUGGCUACCUGUGGACCUGAAAACUCUGGUAGAUUACAGGAUUUGGGAAUGGAGCUUCUAGCAAAGUCAUCAGUCGCCGGCUGUUACAUACGAAACCCCACAAAUAAGAAGAAUUCUCCCAAGUCAGCUCGGGCCAUAGCAGGCAGUCUGUCACUCCGAAGAGCUGUGGACUCUGGAGAAAGCAGCCGCUCAAAGGGGGACUGUCAGGCCCUGUCUGAAGGCUCCCAGGGAAGCUCUCAGUCUGGGAGCAGACACAGCUCCCCCCGGGCUCUGACACACGGCAUCAUUGGGGAUCUUCUGCCCAAAAGUGAAGACCGACAGUGCAAAGCCUUGGAUUCUGAUGCUGUGGUGGUUGCAGUUUUCAAUGGUUUACCUACUAUUGAGAAAAGAAGGAAAAUGGUCGCCUUGGGGACUAAUGCAAAAGGAGGUCGUCUGGAAGGAAUUCAGAUGGCAGAUUUGGAAAGUCAUUCUGAAGCUGGGGAGCCACAGCCCACACUACCUGAAGGAGCCUCAGCUGCCCCUGAGGAAGGCAUGAGUAGUGACAGCGACAUUGAAUGUGACACUGAGACCGAGGAGCAGGAGGAGCACACCAGCAUGGGCGCGUUCGAUGAUCCAUUCCUGGCCCAGCCCCCGGAUGAAGAUUCACAUUCCAGUUUUCCUGAUGGUGAACAAAUAGACCCUGAACAUCUCCACUUCAACACCGAUGAAGGAGGUGGAAGGUAAUUGCCAGACAUGAGAACCAAGCUACAAGCUACCUGGUCCCUGAAAUUUGUUGGAAGUUGGUGCUCAAAAUUGUCGGCAGUCAGAUAAUCAGACUUAUUUAGUCCUAUUUCUUUUUGGUCAUCUCUACCUGCAAUAGCAGUUCCAAAACUAGUAGUAGAAGGCACACAGUUCCAGCAGAGUGCAGUAGAAUAUAUGGAAAAGAUUAAGGCAAAGUAGUUCUUUCCAAUGUAAUGAACUAACAGUGUAGUGCUCAAUUAAUUUAGCAAAUUAGUACAUUAACAAAAGCAGCUUGUCUUCUGUAAUAGAAAGCCAGCUAACUGUCACAAAGUACCUGGAGGCAUUGCAUGCUCUGACCUGGCUCAGCAUCAGUGCUCUUCUGUCUUUGGCUGACACAUGGUUUAGAUGGCCAUAGUUUAAGUUUUUCAUUAGGUUGUAAUUACAUUAAGCCUUGUAUAAUAGUGAACAGGAAAAUUGCUUAUAAACAGAUUUUGCUCAGUGGACACUUUUCCUGAGUAACUGUAGCAAUGUUAGACAGAAUCCCUUCUUUGAAAUAUGAUGAUAGACCAAAUUUGAUGUUUUUCUCACUUGUUCAAGUGUUGGCAUACUGGGUAAUGGCACACCUUCUUUCAGUUAUGUGACCUUUAUAGGUGUCAUUUAAAACGAGUAAAGUCACUGUGGAUUGGUUAUAUGCAUGAUCAUUUGGACACGUAUAAGAUUACUUAAAGUUGUCCACCUUUUCUGCUUCCUGAAACAUAGCUGUAGUGCAACAGAUAUUUUCCAACAAUGUAUUUCCAUUGGUUGGACGUUGGUUUCAGUGAGUGCAUUUAAAGAUUUAUGCAUCUACAUGAAGCUGUGUGCAAGGCUUUCACUCAUAUUCCCAAUUAACCCAAACUCCAAAUGAUUGCCAAAUUUUGCUCCUGUGUUUGUGUUUGAGCUGUUGUAUGUUUGUGAAUGUUAUACUUAAAGUGGUCAAGAGACGGUUGAAGCAUGGAUGUACACAGAGGAGAGCACUCCCUAUUGCCUGCGUGUACUUAGUGACUCUCAUCUGCGUCCCAUGGCUGAUGGCUGCUGAAUGCUAUGACUCAUAGUUUACUGUUCUCUUAACAGCUGCACUUUUUGUUAAUAAAAUUAACUUGAGAAAA